AUGUUAGCGUUGUAACGAAACGAACAGAAGUAUCUAAAGAAAUGAACACAUAUUUUUUAAAAUAGUGUGCUGCCCGUUAGUUUUUCGGUUAAUAUGUUUAAUUACAAAUGAUGUUGAAGUCAAGUUAAAUAAUUAAAUAAGAAAUCACUGAAAUAAUUUUUUUCUACUGUUUUGAUUAUAACAAAUUCCGACUGAAUCAUCAAGAGUAAGAAAUAGUGAAGACAAUGAAUUCUAACCUCAACGUAACGCAUUCGUUUACUUAUAAGGAUUUGCUUCUUAAAAAACUUUAUUACUCAGUGAUAUGUAGUGUUUUCUCACAGUUAGUUCUACUACAAAUUUAUGUUCUUUUGUCGAACGUUGAUAUUUUUCAUCCGAUACAAUGGAUUUUAACUUCAUUAAAAACAUUCACAUCAUUCAAUACUUGGUUGUUUGUAAUACCAUUUUUGGGCAUAAUAUUUGCCCAAAGUAUAAUAUGUGCUAAAGACUAUGUAUUUAAAUCGAAUUAUUGCUCAACAAGAUUUCAAAAAUUCAUAUCUGCGUUUUCUAUGCAUAAUUUAGUUCUUCUCAUUUUUCACGUCCUAGCUGGCCCGAUGCUAAUAUGGUUAUUUUUAUCCCUGGGUGGUGGAAACUACCAGAGUCUCACCAAAGCUGCAGAAAACAAAACUUAUGUGCUAAAUGAAGGAAGUUUCUUCUUAAUAUUGAGUGGAUUUUGGACUGGUUUUUACUAUUUCCUUAAAGUGUAUAUAUCUGAAAAACAUUUGGCUUUUCCAAUUAUUCAACAAAGAAAAUGGUUACAGCUGAAAGCACAAAUGGGGCCUUUAUUAAAAGAAAGUUUUCUACUGUCAGUUUGGCCUACGAUGUAUUAUAUUAUCAUUUACGCUAUCUGGGGUAGUACUUUUAGAACCAGUUUAAAAAAUACUUUGGGAUUAUUAUCAGAUGAAAAUAGUGGUGGUAUUAUUGUUAAUCUAUAUUUAUGGUGUUUUAGUGCUAUUUAUUAUUUUAAUAUGAACUUGAUGAAAUUUUUCUUUAAUGUGUUUCUAACAGAACUGGUAGAGUUUCCACUGUAUAAAAUAUCACAAAACUUUUUAAAUCUACAAGAGAGCAUAUUAUUAUCUGAUUUACCCAUUAUUCAAAAUUUAGCUUGUUUAGAUUUAUACACUCUUUCCCAAUGGUCUCCACAAAGACGACAAGUAUUUUUUACUCUCUCACAACCAGGAGGACACCCCCAUAAUUGGAAUCUUUUGAUAGAAAAUGUUUUAAAACUAUUAAAAGAAUAUACGGAUUUGUUGGGCAAGUCAACUGAAAAUAAAGAUGUUGUAAAACAACCCCUAAUUCCUGGUCAAUUAAAAAGUCCAUUACAAUCCCCUGAUAAAUUCCAAAACCUUAGGAACAUGUCUUUAUUGUCAGACCCAGCAUUUGUGGAUAUUGUUGAUGUGACACACUCUAAUUUACCAGGAAUUCAGCUAACUGAAACUUUGUUUACAAAGCUUAAACAAAAAAUCAAUAACAUCAUAAAUGUUACUAAAGUUCUUUUGGGCAUUGACUUCAUGUUUGGCGAGUUACCCCAAGCAAAUAUACAAAAGUGCUUAGCCAAUGGACUUAUAAUAAUCUGGACAACUCAAGGAAUUUCGGAUUUAGUAUGUGCUGCUUUAACUGAAGAUAAAUAUGGUAUUGUCCAAAAAGAUAUUCCGGGUAUCGUUACUACAAUAGUGCAGUUGAAACAGAACCUUGAUAAGUUGAAUAAAGUAUCUGCUUUAACUAAAAAAGUUGCCGGAUACGACGAUUUUAACUAUAAAAUGAAAGGAGCUAUCACUACAUCUCUUAAAAGAAGUUUAUUUAAUAUUUGCAGAACUUAUAGAAAUUAUAUGAGUGAUUUUCCUUUAAGCAAAGAUGUAUCUGCAUAUCUUUAUACCAUUUGUAAAAGUUGAUUCUUAUUUUUAAUUAGUUUAUAAUAAUCAUAUUCAAUAGGUAUCAGUAGUUUUUAAUUUCUUUCUGUAUGAAUUUUCAAUUUUUAAAUAAAAUAAAAUCUUUUAAACUAA